AUGUUCCCAAAGCCGUUCCACGGUAAUGAGAACCACAAUGACAAGAAUACCAGGGAAGGUGAAGAACCUCAAGAACAGGGGGCGCCACAUAGGCCACCAAGAACCUCAAGAACAGGGGGCGCCACAUCGGCCACCAAGAACCUCAAGAACAGGGGGCGCCAAAUAGGCCACCAAGAACUUCAAGAACAGGGGGCGCCAAAUAGGCCACCAAGAACCUCAAGAACAGGGGGCGCCACAUCGGCCACCAGGAACCUCAAGAACAGGGGGCGCCACAUCGGCCACCAAGAACCUCAAGAACAGGGGGCGCCACAUCGGCCACCAAGAACCUCAAGAACAGGGGGCGCCACAUCGGCCACCAAGAACCUCAAGAACAGGGGGCGCCACAUCGGCCACCAAGAACCUCAAGAACAGGGGGCGCCACAUCGGCCACCAAGAACCUCAAGAACAGGGGGCGCCACAUCGGCCACCAAGAACCUCAAGAACAGGGGGCGCCACAUCGGCCACCAAGAACCUCAAGAACAGGGGGCGCCACAUCGGCCACCAAGAACCUCAAGAACAGGGGCGCCACAUCGGCCACCAAGAACCUCAAGAACAGGGGGCGCCACAUCGGCCACCAAGAACCUCAAGAACAGGGGGCGCCACAUCGGCCACCAAGAACCUCAAGAACAGGGGGCGCCAAAUAGGCCACCAAGAACCUCAAGAACAGGGGGCGCCACAUCGGCCACCAAGAACCUCAAGAACAGGGGGCGCCAAAUAGGCCACCAAGAACUUCAAGAACAGGGGCGCCAAAUAGGCCACCAAGAACGUCAAGAACAGGGGCGCCACAUCGGCCACCAGGAACCUCAAGAACAGGGGGCGCCACAUCGGCCACCAAGAACCUCAAGAACAGGGGGCGCCACAUCGGCCACCAAGAACCUCAAGAACAGGGGGCGCCAAAUAGGCCACCAAGAACCUCAAGAACAGGGGGCGCCACAUCGGCCACCAAGAACCUCAAGAACAGGGGGCGCCACAUCGGCCACCAAGAACCUCAAGAACAGGGGGCGCCACAUCGGCCACCAGGAACCUCAAGAACAGGGGGCGCCACAUCGGCCACCAAGAACAAGAGAACAGAGGCGGCGCACCGACCCAAUUUGA